AUGGGUUACGAAGACUCCGUAUACCUAGCCAAGCUGGCCGAGCAGGCCGAGCGCUAUGAGGAGAUGGUCGAGAACAUGAAGGCCGUUGCCUCCGCAGACCAGGAACUCUCCGUCGAGGAGCGAAAUCUCCUUUCUGUUGCCUACAAGAACGUCAUCGGUGCUCGCCGCGCGUCCUGGAGAAUCGUCACCUCCAUUGAGCAGAAGGAGGAGUCCAAGGGCAACGAGGCCCAGGUUGGUCUUAUCAAGGAGUACCGCCAGAAGAUCGAGGCCGAGUUGGCCAAGAUCUGCGAGGACAUUCUCGAGUGCCUUGAUGGCCACUUGAUCCCCUCUGCUGAGAGCGGCGAGUCCAAGGUCUUCUACCACAAGAUGAAGGGUGACUACCACCGCUACCUUGCCGAGUUCGCUGUUGGUGACAAGCGCAAGACCUCUGCCGACAAGUCGCUUGAGGCUUACAAGGCCGCCACCGAGGUUGCCGCCUCCAGCCUGGCCCCUACUCACCCCAUUCGCCUCGGACUUGCCCUCAACUUCUCCGUUUUCUACUACGAGAUCCUCAACUCGCCCGACCAGGCUUGCCAAUUGGCCAAGCAGGCUUUCGACGAUGCCAUUGCUGAGCUCGACACCCUGUCUGAGGAGAGCUACAAGGACUCUACCCUCAUCAUGCAGCUCCUCAGGGACAACCUGACCCUCUGGACAUCGUCCGAGGCCGAGCCCUCUGGUGACGCCCCCGCCGCCGAGCCUGCUACCGAUGCGCCCAAGGCUGAGAGCAGCGAGGCUCCCGCUGAAGCCAAGGCAUAA